UUCUAACGAAUCAAAACUUUUUAUCUUUUGCAGAGUAUCCCUCAGAAUCAUCAACAUCUGCCCCCGAAAGCAGAAACGCUUCCGGUGCAAUGAGUGAGAACAUCGAAUCCCGUGGAGCUACGGGUAGUGGUUCAAACACAGAAGCAGCCGCACUUGGACACCACCACCAUCACCAUCAUCAUCACCAGCAGCAGUACGAAGGCAGCAUUGAAGAUAUUGAUCGACAACUGGAAGCUCUCGAUCAGGAAAGUGACUCAGAUUCCGAGUCACUGGAAGAGUUGGACGCCUGUGAAAAUAUCGAAGUGGUGAACCGCGCCGGCGAGUCAGCUGACGAUGACCAUGCUGGUCCAGGAUUGGAUGUUACCGUCCGCUACACAAUCUGUCUGUUUUGUAAGAAACCGUUUCAGCUGAAAAAGGAAUUAAAGAAGCAUUUAUUUGAGCACAUGAAGAAUCUAAAGCCAAUGAAAGAGAAGAAGAUUGUGGAGAAGAAAUUCAAAUGCCACAAAUGCUUCAAGACGUAUACCGAGAAGGCUCGAGCAGAGAAGCAUAUGACCAAGUGCAAGAAGGUGUCCAAACUGCUGCUGGACAUGAGUAACACAACCCCCGAUGGCAACCGGAUAUUGAGUGGUGGAGGCGACUAUGAAGCUAGCGGCGGCGGGGAGAGAAAGAAGAGCGGCAAAUUCCGGGAACCUACCUCACCAAGAUCGUUGGUUUUCGAUCCGGAAUCGGAACAGGAUGAUCGAUGGGAGCAUCGUGAACGGAAUACGGUGGUGCAUUUCGAUGAACGGAAUAUUGCCCGUGGAGGAAGCACGGAUGAAUCGCCGACAUCACCACCGGCGGUCAGUGGCACUGGAGGCGGCGGGGGAGGCGGAUCAUACUUCCAGCAGUACCAGAGGUGUAAGUAGCAUGGCGUGUAAGUAGUUUUGUGUUGGUAACGUUUUAUUUCUUGAAAAGGUUUUGCUAUAACAUGUAAAACCAUGCUGCUCAAAGGAUGAGUACAUACAAUUAGAUGAUAGUCUUUUCUGAGACUCGGUUUUAUCAUACUAGCCAUGCAAUUUGGCCGUGGGGGUUGCUCACUUACACUGGUUGACAAAGUACUGUUGUAGUUCUUUGAGCUGAAUUGCCUUAGCACUUAUUCAAAUUCUGUGUAGCUAGCGGAGCUUGAUCGAAUGCCUAUCGACUAUCCGACAUUACUGGUGGUAGCCACUAGACCACCAGGCUCGUCUUCUCAAAGACACCAUGGAUCUAAAACCAAAAGGAAUUCUUGGUGACGUCGCCGUGCAUUUUUUUUUAUUCUUAACCACUUAACCUAUUUUACAGCUCUUUUGUCCACUAGGGUAUUACGUGAGCGAUUCCAAUAGACUACCCGCUUUGCUCGCAGCCACAGUUGAUCAGCAGGAGUAAAUCAAUUUAAUUUUAAAUGGCGAAAUGCAUCUAAACUUGAAUUACUUGAAAUACAAAGCUUUUCCCGAAAAAAUAUUUGGUAGGCUUAACCCUUUAUAAGGCAGUGGCGACUAUAGUGCCACCUACUGUUUGUAUUUUUUUUCUGUUUUAUAACAAUGUAUUUCGAACCUUUUUUUUUUGGUUUACGCAAAAUUGGGACUACUAACAACGCGUGGUAUUUUUUUGGUACUAAACAAAGCUUUAACAACAAUUUAGGAGCCAUUUGUAGUCUCAAAAAUGACUAAUUUUGACCGCGUGAAGAAAAUUAGCUCAAAUUAAUUGUAAAAUUAUAGAUUAGGUAAAUAUUUUUAUGCAAUUCAGUAUCAUAAUUUCUAUUUUAUACUACCCAUUUCAGUAUCAUAAUGACCUAUUUUUCUGUACCGGUUCAUUAUGCAACCGAAAUGAGUUGCAUAAUGAAAAAUAGUUGCCCAAUGUUCAUAAUGCAAAUCAUUUGAGUUGCAUUAUGAACAUUAUGCAACUCAAAUGAGUUGCAUUAUGAAAAAAAUCAUUGCAUAAAAUGUUGUAUGGAACUCGUUGCAAAAAUUGAUUUUUCAGCACUCUUCGUAUUUAUCCAACUCGGCAAGCCUCGUCGGAUAAAUGUACGACUCGUACUGAAAAAAUCAACUUUUUGCAACUCGUUACAUAAAUAACUAUAAGAAAUAAUCAAAUUCUGGGUUGACAUGAGCUGAACUACACAGUUUAUAUUAUGGGUUAAGCCCCAUUCGACUCUAAAAUCUCUUUUCCGGCUUUUUGUUGAAGUCAAAAGAAGAAAAGUACCCUAAACGGGCAGUGGCAAGAAUAUUGCCACAAGCGCUGGUGGCCUAAACGGGCAGUGGCAACUAUAUUGCCACCUCAAAAGUUCGUUUUUGGGGUUAACGGGCAGUGGCAACUAUAUUGCCACCAGCGUUUUUGGCCUAAACGGGCAGUGGCAACUAUAUUGCCACCUAGAUUUUUGAGAGUUUCUUUCAAACAAAAAUUGUUUUGUACAUGUAAUCAUGUAUAUAAUCAUCAUAUAUAUAAAAUCCCAGCGUUGUCUGUCUGUCUGUCCGUAACGCUUUGAAAUGUUUCGUUGAAAUGUUUCACCAUAGUUGUAUCAAAUUCCUAAAAGGUACGAGAACAUUCUGGAUGUUUUUUUGACUUUUCAGAAAUAAUAAGAAGAACCUUCUGGAAUGUUCUGAAACAUCAAUAUUCUAAAAAUUCUAAGAACUUUCUGGAAGUUCCAGAAAAUAAAUAACGUUCUGGAAUGCUCUAAAAUAUGGAACUUCUUAAAUUUUCGAGAAUCCCCUUGAAGUUUCUGGACGCUUCAGAAAGAAGAAGAAGAAGAACCUGCGGCAGCAUUAUGGAACAUCUUUUUCUAUGGCGUAACGUCCCAACUGGGAAAAACCCUGCUUCUCAGCUUAGUGUCUAUGAGCUCAGUUAUUAACUGAGAACUUCGGCUUCUAAUAACCACUUCUAAGUUGUUAAACGUUUUUGAAAAGAACCUUCUAGAAUGUUCUGGAGAGCAUGAAACUAUAUUAUAUUGGGAAAAGGUUAUGGACGUUAGGGAACGAGCAAGGAAUUAAAAAAGAACCUUCUAGAAUGUUCUGGAACAUAAAAAUCCAUAAAAUUUACAGAAACCUCCUGAAAGAUACUGAACGUUACAAAAGUAAAACAAUCAUCUGAGAUAUUCUGGAUAUCAUACUUCCUCAAACAUCGAAAACCUUCUGUGCGUUACUGAAGUUUCAAUCAGAGAAAGGAGAAGAACCUUUUGGAAUGUUGUAUACACUUUUCAUUCUUAAUUUCAUGAACUUUCUGGAAGUUAAUGAAAGUCCAAGAAAGAAAUAAAGGGCCUUCUAAAAUGUUCUGGAACACCAAAAUUCAUGAAAUUUCGAGACCUUUCUAGAGAUCACUGAAUGUUUCAGAAGGAAGAAUAAUAACCUACGAAAAUGUUUUAGAUAAUCAAAUUUCUUAGAACUUUCGAGAAGUUACUGGACAAAAACAAGACAAAGACCUUCUGCAAACUUUUUUAAAUUUACGAAAAGUGUCUGGGAGUUUGUGAAGGUUCCAGAAAGAAUGAAAAAUACCCUUUAAGAAGGUUCUGGAACAACCAAAUUCAUAUAAUGCUUGAGAAAUUUCUGGAAGCUACUGAGCAUUCCAAAUGAAAACAGAAAAAAUCUCUAGAAUAUUCUGGAACAUUAAACUUCCCAGGUACUUUCCAGAAGUUACUGAAUGUUUCAGAAAGAACAAGAAAAUUAACCUUCUGUAAUUUUCUGGAACAAAUUUCAACGUUCAACUGGAACUUAACUUAACUCAACGUAACUGGAAUUUAAAAAAACAAUAUUUUACUAGCUAACGUGGCUAGCCACGUCGGGUCAGCUAGUUUCCAUAAUAGUAUGCGUUGACAACUCUUCUAGUUUUCUCGGCCUUAUAAAGGGUUAAUAGUGGUCACUAUUGUGCACAACCACUACCAAAUAUUUUUUCGAAUAAUGUGUUCCACUUUGAAGAAUUUGCCUUUAGAUGGUAUUCGCCCUACAGUAUUUUUGCGAUUUACUUUUAGCGAUUUUUCGCGCAUAGAAGCUAGCGCCACAUUGGUCGAUGCGGAGAGUAGGAAAACAGCCGAUGUAGUUAAUUCAUUGGCAGCUGCACUUACACUUUGUACAGCGCCUAAAUGUAUAUUUUUGUUCUAUACUAUAUCGUGCUACUUUCUCUUUUCUACACCGAGAAAAAAUUCUACUCAGUGACUGAGUUGGUCUUACUCAGAAAUCUAAAAAUCCUUUGUUUUCUUAUUCAGCUCCAGCUAAAAGUAGAGUAGAAAUUUUUGUCGGUGUACACUGUCCUUGGUAGAAUGAUGAGCACGAUGAUGAAAUUAUGUGUGGCUGUUGUUCCUUUUCCUGUCCGAUUGGGUGUUUUCCAUUAUGGGUUGCCGUUCGCCGAUAUCCAAGUUUCCGGGUCCGUUCGAGCUAUAUGCUCAGAACCAGAAGAGGGAUCCGGGUGUCAGUAGCUCUCAGGGGGAAAAGCAACUGACGAAAUAUUGCAAGUGCCGGGACUGCGAUCGUAUCCAUAAUCAUUCGCUUAUGUAGCGAACGUGUAGCCACUGCGCCACGGGCCCGCUCACGCUCACCGUGUAUUGCGCUGGUAUUUUUCCGCUGGUCUGAAGUGUGUUGUUUACGAACAGAAAAGACCGUCAGACAAUAGUACACGAAGCCAAGCGCUCCGGUCCUUGCUUGAAAGUUAUUUUUAGACACGAGGUGGUUUGUCUCGGCUUUUGGAAUAAGUGUUUGUGUGUAGUGGUAUAAAGCCGUGGAGAAACUUGAGAGUAGAAACAUCAUAUCUCAAUUCUUUAUACAAUGACAUGCGAUUUCUGGGUUUGGGGUGUAUAAAUGAGUGUUUGGAUGCUUGAAAACAAAGUUUUCUUAUAAUAACACAGCGAAACAUAAAUUAACUAUUUAUUGGUCUGUCUAAAGAGCGAACUUAUGUGUCUCCGACGGAGUUUAGGUCGCUAAAUUUGUAUCCGGGCUCAGAUUCACUCCAGCACGUCACAAUUUUGAGCUAUACAUCUACUUAUAGGGUAAAAUAUACAAUUUUGGGCUUUUUUGAUCGCAAGCCAUUAACCAUCGAAAUAUAUUUUUUACCCCUUUGAAGUCGGAAUUUUCCCAAGCGUUGUUAUAGAGUUUUUUCUACGUAUUUCUGUAAUUUUGGUGCUCAAAAGCCUAAAAAAGGUAGAGUAUGUUGCAGAAUUCGAAUGAGUGUAAUCAGUUCUGUACGUUUUCAUUCCGCCCUCUUUUGCUUAUCUUUUGACAGAUACGCGUUUUUCAACUAUUGCGCAUUGCGCGGUUAU